AUGACAGCCUAUCUUAAUAAAGGCCGGAAAGUGAGAAUAUAUAUAACUAGAGGUGAAUGGUAUAUAGACCAAGAUUUUCUAAGCCUCGAAUAUAAUCAUGACGAAACCUUAGCAAAUUGCGAUAUACCAUGUAUUUGGAAGGCAAAGGAUAUAGAAAAUUUAACGUCCAAAGAGCUUAAAAGUGUUGAUGCACUUUUUUGUGUUAAUCAACCAGGCUUGCCAGCAAAGAAAGCAUGGAACGGACAAAAGUUCAUACAAUAUACUUUAGAACCUAUGACUCAUUGUCCAGAAUGUCACGAUAAAAACCACUUGUUUGAUAUCCGCGCAACUUAUGAUGAAAAUUCUGAUAUACCUACGAGUUAUGUUAGAAUGGACUCCAGAAAAUGGAAAUUAGUACCUCCUUUUAAUUUAAAAGAUCUCUCACAGGAUUCACCACUUGUCUCGUUUGUCAAUUCACAUUGGACUAAAUUUAGGAAAGAUUUUGUUCAAAAUCUCAUGAACUAUAUUUCUGUCGCAUCCUUCGGCGGAAUCUAUCAGACCACCGAUUGGGAUAUUCAUCCUGAAUGUGAAGGCUUAAACGACCUCUUUGAUCUAAAAAAUUGUGUCAUCUCUAAAUAUCCUUUUUAUCUUGCAAUUGAAAAUUGCCAAGAAAAAGAUUACUCUACUGAAAAGCUUUGGGAUACGUUUAAUUUGGGUGUCGUUCCUGUUAUAUGGGGUGCGCCUAAUACUCGUUCAUACUUACCACAUCCUAAAUCCGCUAUUUUCAUUGAAGACUUUGAGAAUGCUAAAGCUCUUGCAAAUUAUUUGAAAUAUCUAGUUAAAAAUGAGACUGCAUAUUUAGAAUAUCAUGAGUGGCGUACUAUGAAAUCGUCCGAUAGAUUUGAGAUGAAAUCGUACAUGAGCAUGCAUAAUCUUGAAUGUAACGUUUGCAGAGAAGUUGCUAGGUUGAAGAUUGUUGAGGGAUAUAAUAGUAUUAAUACAUGA